AUGACGAAGAAAGCAGCCAAGUCAGGAAUGUCGCGACCUUCUUCUCCGUCGUACGCCGCCGGAGGCUCUGCUCGGAAGGAAGAUGAAAGGAGAGUGAGACUCCAGUCAUUGAGAAAGCCAAAGGCAACCGUGAAGAAGAAGAAACUCCAUGCGAAGAUGCCUAAGAAACCUCCCACUGCUUUCUUCUAUUUCUUGGAGGAUUUUCGGAAGCAGUGUCAAGAGCAGAAUCCGGAAGGGGUCAAGUCCAUGCGCGAGAUUGGGAAGACAUGUGGAGAGAAAUGGAAAACAAUGACAUACGAGGAAAAGGUAAAGUAUUAUGAUAUAGCCACUGAGAAGAGGCAAGAGUUUCACCGAACAAUGACUGAAUAUACCAAGAGAAUGGAAGCAGGUGAAGGUGAAUCGGAGACCGACUCAUAUUAG